CAAGAUUCUGUAUUCUUGUUUUGAUUACUAUAGCAUAUUUAGUACUAGUUUCAUUGAGUUUUGCUAUUCUUAUGAGCUUUUUCAGCAUUCUGUUCCAGCAGAAAUGGGGAAAUGUGAAUGCCCAUGAUGGGCUUGUGUGAUUGUUCCAGCAGAAGGAUAUUGAGGUUGUGUGGCAAAAAUGGGGAGAAUGUCAAUACCCAUGGUGGGUUUUGUGGUGUUAUGCUUGUGGACUGUGGUAGUAGAGGGAGAAUAUAUGAAAUACAAGGACCCGAAACAGCCGGUAGGUUCUAGAAUCAAGGACUUGAUGAAAAGGAUGACUCUUGAGGAGAAGAUUGGUCAAAUGACUCAGAUUGAGAGGAAAGUUGCCACUCCUGAUGUUGUGAAGCAAAAUUUCAUUGGGAGUGUAUUGAGUGGUGGAGGGAGUGUACCUGCACCUAAGGCCACUGCUGAGGUUUGGACCAAUAUGGUAGAUGGGAUUCAAAAGGGUGCUCUUUCAACCCGACUUGGAAUCCCCAUGAUUUAUGGAAUCGAUGCGGUUCAUGGUCACAACAAUGUCUAUGGAGCUACAAUCUUUCCUCACAAUGUUGGCCUUGGUGUCACCAGGGAUCCUGAUCUUGUGAAGCGUAUUGGGGCUGCAACUGCACUUGAAGUUAGAGCUACAGGAAUUCCAUAUGCUUUUGCUCCCUGCAUUGCAGUAUGUAGAAAUCCAAGAUGGGGCCGCUGUUAUGAAAGUUACAGCGAAGAUUAUAGGAUUGUGAAAAGCAUGACCGAGAUCAUUCCUGGUCUGCAAGGUGAUUUGGCAGCUAAAUUUAAGGGUGUUCCUUACGUUGGUGGAAAGACUAAGGUUGCAGCAUGCGCUAAGCACUUUGUGGGAGAUGGUGGCACGAUGAAUGGCAUUGAUGAAGGUAACACUGUAAUCAGCUCAAACGAUUUAUUUAGCAUCCACAUGCCUGCAUACUAUGAUGCGAUCAGAAAGGGUGUUUCGACGGUAAUGGUGUCUUACUCAAGCUGGAAUGGAAGAAGGAUGCAUGCCAACCGAGACCUAGUCACUGGCUUCCUGAAGAACAAGCUCAAGUUCAGGGGCUUUGUCAUUUCAGAUUGGCAAGGGGUUGAUCGAAUUACUGACCCUCCUCAUGCUAACUACUCUUAUUCACUUCAAUCUGGAAUUAUGGCAGGAAUCGACAUGAUUAUGGUCCCCGAGAAUUAUAGAGAAUUUAUCGAUACUUUGACUUCUCUAGUGAAAGCCAAUAUCGUUCCUAUGACCAGAAUCGAUGAUGCCGUGAAGCGGAUAUUGAGAGUUAAAUUUGUGAUGGGCCUCUUUGAGAACCCAUUGUCUGAUCCAAGCUUGGCAAAACAAAUCGGUAGCCAGGAGCAUAGAGAUUUAGCAAGGGAAGCAGUUAGAAAAUCACUCGUGCUCUUGAAGAAUGGAAAAACGCCUAGUCAGCCACUGCUUCCCCUUGCAAAGAGAGCACCAAAAAUACUUGUUGCUGGAGCUCAUGCAGACAACUUGGGUUACCAAUGUGGAGGCUGGACAAUCGAAUGGCAAGGCGUUGUGGGCAAUGAUCUUACAGUUGGAACCACUAUUUUAGCUGCUAUCAAGAAAACAGUUGAUCCUUCUACACAAGUAGUCUACCAGCAGAACCCUGAUGCCAACUUUGUAAAGUCCAAUGGAUUCUCCUAUGCCAUUGUAGUCGUUGGUGAAGUCCCAUACGCUGAGAUGUUUGGUGAUAGCGCAAACCUUACAAUACCUGAACCCGGUCCUAGCACCAUCAACAACGUCUGUGGAGCAGUGAAAUGUGUUGUAGUCGUUGUCUCUGGUCGACCAGUUGUGGUGCAGCCUCACCUUGCCAAAAUGGAUGCUCUUGUCGCUGCUUGGCUUCCCGGAACUGAAGGACAAGGCGUUACUGACGCUUUAUUUGGUGAUUAUGGCUUCACUGGUAAACUCGCCCGGACAUGGUUCAAGUCAGUUGAUCAACUUCCUAUGAACUUUGAUGACUCACACAAUAAGGAUCCAUUGUUUCAUUUUGGAUUUGGACUCACAACUAAGCCAGUGAAAGGCAACUACUAAAACAUCAACAUGAUUUAAGAGCUGAGUACUAUAUGUAUUAGUAAUUUAUUUCAACAAUUUGUGCAAGCAUUGGCUUUAAGAAAAACAAAAGUGGUAGAAGCAUACCACAAAAUUAAGCUAGUGAUCUUGCCAUUUUGAUAUAUAUUUCAUCAUUGAAGCUAGUGGAUUUUGCCAUGUAAUAUAUUAUCAACCUAAAUGAGCAUUUGUGAAUGAGGAGGAUUCAUAUCGUUGAUCUCAA